GCAAGUGUGAACACUUUCAAGGGUAUUUUCUCCUAUUAUUUCGUAAGUGGGAUAACACGUUUAUCAACUUUAAAAGCGGUAUAACUUUCCUGUUUCCUCCAACUACAGUGUAUGAUAUACCAUUUUGAAUCUAUGAGUCUGUACUUUUAAAAAUAUAUUCAGAUGUUGCUUACUGGCCUGAUAGUGUUGUAAUGUAGUUUAUUCUUCACGUUGAACUGUGUAGUUACUGUAACUGCCAGAGACUGAGUGUACAUUCCAAAUGGCACCCCAUUUCCUAGUCAAAGUAGUGCACUUUAUAGCGAAUAGGGUGCCAUUUGGGAUGCCUGCUGACAGAGAACAAAUUAUAGAACAGAAGCUUAUGCAGAUCAUUUGAGGAGCUCACAGAAGCCUGAACACUGAGGAAGACAACAGCAACCAUUUUGAGGGAAUACCAAUAGAACUAUGGAACUUGGAGUGUUUCUCAUCAUCAUUUUUUCAGUAAUAGGUAGACUCUGCUCUGUAACAAGCACAACUACAGAUAAUAUGACAACCGCAACAGAGGCACCUGCUACAACAACCACAGCUGUCAGUGCAUCUCCUGCUCCAACAACCACAGCUGUAGGUGCAUCUCUUGCUCCAACAACCACAGACGCAGCUCCUACAACAACAACAAUAACUGAGGCUCCUACUACAACAACCACAGAUCCAUUUACUACAACAGCUCCUACUACAACAACCACAGCUGCAGCUCCUACUACAACAACCACAGCUGCAGCUCCUACUACAACAACCACAAAUCCAUUUACUACAACAGCUCCUACUACGACAACCACAACUGCAGCUCCAACUACAACCAUAACUACAGCUCCUACUACGACAACCACAACUGCAGCUCCUACUACAACAACCACAGCUCCUACUACAACUGCAGCUCCUACUACAACAACCACAUCUACAGUUCCUACUACAACAACCACAACUACAGCUCCUACAACCACAACUGCAGCUCCUACUACGACAACCACAACUGCAGCUCCUACUACGACAACCACAACUGCAGCUCCUACUACGACAACCACAACUGCAGCUCCUACUACGACAACCACAACUGCAGCUCCUACUACGACAACCACAACAGUAGUUCCUACUACGACAACCACAACAGUAGCUCCUACUACGACAACCACAACAGUAGCUCCUACUACAACAACCACAACAGUAGCUCCUACUACAACAACCACAACAGUAGCUCCUACUACAACAACCACAACAGUAGCUCCUACUACAACAACCACAACAGUAGCUCCUACUACAACAACCACAACAGUAGCUCCUACUACAACAACCACAACAGUAGCUCCUACUACAACAACCACAACAGUAGCUCCUACUUCAACAACCACAACAGUAGCUCCUACUACAACAACCACAACAGUAGCUCCUACUACAACAACCACAACAGUAGCUCCUACUUCAACAACCACAGCUCUCCUACUACAACAACCACAUCUACACUUCUACUACAACAACCACAGAUCCAAUUCCGACAACAGUUCCUACUACAACAACCACAACUACAGCUUCUACUACAACAACAAUAACAGGAGCAGCAGCUCUUACUACAACCACAGUUCCUACUACGACUACAACUGCAGCUCCUACUACAACAACCACAGAUCCAAUUACGACAACAACAGCUCCUGCUAA